AUGCUGACGGCGCUCCUGGAGCAAAGAGGGCCGGACGCUGAUGCCCCAGUCGUCCAAGAGCUGGAUGUCUCGUGCAACAUGCUGACCAUCGACCAGUUUGAGACGCUCUUCGUUUCGAUGGGCGUCGCGGGGGCCAAGGUCAUCCGCUAUCGGAUGUACGGAUGCUCCACGCUGGAUGACCAGGUCAUGCUGUCACUGGCCAACUUUCUGUCUGGGCAAGUCGCUCCAGAAGUUGCGCCAUGGGAGCUGCAUCUGUCAGAUUGUGCCAUUACGACCGAGGGCUUUACCUCGCUGAUGGACGCCAUCGAGACGAGCGACUUGUACCCUCGAUCCAACCCGCAAGAUCCGGAGAAAGGCAUUCCUUUGUAUCUCCGCUUAGAGAACAACUACAUUGCCGAGGAUGUUAUUCAGCAGAAGGUGGAUGAGGGCCUUAUCCAGACCUUCACAAAGCAGACGAGCCGGCCGAAGUUGUCUUUCCCAGGAGGUCCCAAAGUGAACCUCCUGGCCGCGCCUGAUGGCCGCAGCUUCCAGCAGCGUCGCAAAGUCGCCUCCUCGACGGAGGGGUUGCAGGUCCAGGCGGGCGCGCGAACGCCAGCUCCUGCCGUUCCCCAGGUGGCACAAAGGCAAGCUCCCGCCUACGCCCCCCCGAAGCAGGUGGCAGCACAAAGGCAAGCUCCUGCCUCCGCUCCCCCGAAACAGGUGGCAGCACAAAGGCAAGCUCCCGCCCCAGCUCCCCUGCAGCAGGCGGCACAAAGGCAGGCUCCUGCCUACACUCUCCAGAAGCAGGUGAGGCCCCCGGUCGCAAAGCUCGUGCCGCCACCCAGGCGUGACAAGGAGUUCGUGCAGUUUGGCCGACACAUGGCAGAGCAGCUGCAGCAGCGACAAGGGACAAGCCCUGCGGCCAAUGUGGCCAAUGCGGCGGCUGCGCCAGUCGUGAAACCUGGCUCCAGUGCCUGCGCGAUGCCGGCAGCAACGGCUUCAGCCUCCAAGCCGAGGGGAAGUGUCGGGAACUUUGCCACCAAGGUGGAGACCUCCAACGGCCACAGGCCCCGGCCGGUGAUGCCCAAGCCCCGGCCGGUGAUGCCCAAGCCCCGGCCGAAGCCCACUCUCGGGACAAGCGAAGCCGCGUCGAAGCCGCUGCUGGCCGUUCCCAAAACACCGCCGGAAACCACCUCCCGGCAAAGCGUCGCCGCGCCGGCGCCGCAGCCCAUGCCCAAAACACCGCCGGAAGCCACUUCCCGGCCGAACGUCGCCACUUCCCGGCCGAACGUCACCACGCCGACGGAUUCCAGAUCCAAGACGCCCCGUGGCAGCGUGGGGCUCGCUGUUAAGCGCCGGCUGCCGACCCAAGAAGCGCCUGCAAAAAGGCCACGUGGCAGCGUUGGCCUGGUGGCCCCGAAGAAGCCUCAGUCACGUACACCUGCCGCAGAAGCAGAGCAAGCUGCGCCAGACAAGUCCGAGCAGCCGCUUCCCAGCGACUGGGAGGAGCAUAUCAGCCCAGAGUAUGCCAUAAGCUUCUACUGGAAUCGCCGGACUAACGAGUCCACGUGGGACAGGCCAUCCACAUGA